CACUCAGGUGUGUGGGACUGGCUGGCUGUUUUUGAAUUCAAGCUGUCGGACUUGAAUUGCAACCUGCACCUGGCGCCACUUUCUCCAGAGAAGUUGAUCUAACGAGCUACAUUUGAAAAGUAACUUUAACUGAAUACAAAAAGUGACAAAAUGUCCAAAUUGUUCAAGGGAAGCUCAAGUUCGAUCUCUUCAAGCCACUAUCCAAGCUCUUCGAGAUCGAAACAUGGCCAUCGCUCGCGGACAGGCCCUACCCCGCAGGACGCCAUUCACAAACUUCGAGAAACAGAGGCGAUGCUGGCGAAAAAACAAGACUUCUUGGAAAAGAAAAUUGAACAAGAAAUUAUGAUAGCAAAGAAGAAUGGCCUCAAGAAUAAACGUGUGGCCCUCCAGGCACUGAAGAGGAAGAAGCGCUUUGAGCAGCAGCUCACACAGAUUGACGGGACCCUCUCCACCAUUGAGUUCCAAAGAGAGGCAUUGGAGAAUGCCAACACCAACACUGAGGUCCUGAAGACCAUGGGCUACGCUGCCAAGGCCAUCAAGGGGGUCCACCAGAACAUGGAUCUGGAUAAGAUUGAAUCUCUGAUGCAGGACAUCACUGAGUCUCAGGAAGUUGCCCAGGAGAUCUGUGAUGCUAUCUCCCGACCUUUCGGAGAUUCAUUUGAUGAGGAUGAGCUGUUGGCAGAGCUGGCAGAGUUGGAACAGGAGGAGCUGGAGGAGAGCAUGAAGAACAUGUGCAGAGUGCCCAGUGUUCCCGCCUCCAAACUGCCCUCAUCUCGACCCAGCGAGCGCACCCCUUCCAAGAAGAGGGUAGAGGAUCAUGACGAAAUGCAGAUGCUGGCAGCCUGGGCAAUGUAACUGUAACACACACAUGCACACACACACACACCAGACUCUAAAGGUACGAAGGUUCAUUUGAAUGUUUAUCUUUUUGUUCUAAUAAUAAUAGGGAAGAGCCAGUGAUGUCGAUUUUGUUGGAUUGUUUGUUGUGUGUCUUGUACAAAUCUGAAAUAUGGAAGUGUAGUAUUGGAAUUUGAGCUCUAUGACUAGGUGAUUUUAUUACUGCUAUAUUACACACUUUUCUGUCAAUGAAGGAUACAGUCGCUAGUGAAAGUCUACACACCCCUCUUCACAUUUUGCUGCCUUAAAAUUAAAGGGAUAGUUCACCCACUGAAAACGGUGCCAGGGAAACUAAACCAAAGCAUGGAUUGCUGUCAUUGUGGUAGACGCAUCAUGUUAUGGGAAUGCUUGUUACCGGCAGAGACUGGGAAGUUUGUCAAGACCAAAAGGAAUAUGAAAGGAAAUAAAUAGUUAGAGGAAACCCUGCCACAGGCAUCUGAAUACCUAACCCUGGUAUAGUUUUAUUUUUCAGCGGAACAAUUUCACAAAUGUUGACGCCAAAGACGGACCAGAAUGGCUUUCCAAUAGGUGUUAAGUGUUCCUGAAUGGUCCAGUCUUAGACCUGAGUUAAAUCUGCUUGAAAAUCAGUCAGGGUUUGAAUAUUGCUGUCCAUCAAUGACUCCCAACCAAAUUUACUGAGCUUGAGCAAUUUUGACAAAAAAUAUGUAUAAUUGUUGCCCUAAAAUAAAUUACAGCUGUGAAUCAUUAUAAAUAAGAUUUUACCAAUGUUUAACUCUGUGGUGUGAAGACAUACACAAUCAACACAUCUUUGUUACAUUUUUUAUUAAUGUGGAAAAUGUUCUAUAAUUUUUGCAACUGGUGGGUAGACUUUCAAUAGGCACUGUACUGUAUGUCCCUUAAAAGGUGCUGGGUUAGAAAAAUAGAUAAGUGUUAGUGAAUUAUACUAAAGAAUAUGAGUGAAGCACUAUUCUAUGAAUGUUACUUUUUGAGUUGGAGUUACAGAAAUAUCGUUUUUGUAAAUAUGAAGGAUUUUGAAGAUUUUAACAAAAUAAAAUUACCCCAAAUUA